AUGGCACAAGAUAAAAAAACCGGGCAUCCGGGACCAGGACAACAGCCCAGCAAUAUAAAAGAACAAACUGCACGACAAGCUUCGAAAGCCGACGUGUCGGCCAUGAUCGAAAGGAUCUGCAACAGGUCGGGCGAAGAUAUAGCUGCCGACUCAGAGAGGCUUGCUGCGGAAGCAAGGCGAUUUUAUGAAGAACAAAUGCGCAUUCGGUCACAGAAUCAAAGAGAGCAGAUGAUUUACAUUGCGAAACUGGCUCUGCCCGUCGCUUUCAUUCUUGGGGCGUGGCAUUGGCUCUGCUAA